CCCAUAUCGAGUACACUCAGUUCCGAUUUAUAACUUGUGGGAAACAUAUAAAAACAUAUAAAAACUAAUUGUUUUCCCCACAUAUACCUACUCAUACAUAAGUUUUGUGUUCGCACGAAACGCACGCUUUACCUAUUACAAUAAUGAUAUAAAAGGAUCUUAACUGUUAAAUCUUUGUUAGUUAACUGGCAAAGUAGUCAUGAAGCAGACGAUCUUAGGUGUGGCCUUUUGCCUCAUUAUAGGCUUUGGCAACGCAUCAGUAAGAGUUCGACGUGGUUAUGGCGCCCAUGAAAGCGGAGGUGGAGGCGGAGGGGGAGGAUUCGGUUUUGGAGGAGGCGGAGGCGGCGGCGGCGGAGGCGGAUUCGGAGGAGGAUAUGGUGACGGAGUUGGCGGAUUGGAAGGUAUAAGCGCAGGCGUCGGCCAAAUAUUCAGCAAAUUACAAUCUGGAUUUAGCCGUCUGGCAAAAGGAGGGGGCGGCUUUAGCGGAGGAGGCCUAGGCAGUGGAGGAGGCCUUGGCGGAGCAAACGAAAAAGUUGUUUACUCUCAAUCUGAUGAUGGAAAAUCUGGUGGAUUCGCUUUCCACGGCACACUUGAUGGCGGUAAAGGAGGAUAUGGAGGUGGCGGAGGAUAUAGCGGUGGCGGAGGUGGAUUAGGAGGAGGCGGCGGAAGUGGUUUUGGAAGUGGUGCCGGAAAUGGACUGGGUGGCGGAACCGGAGGAUACGGUAGCAGUGGUGGACAUUCGGGAAGUGGUGGAUCAGGCGGUGCUGGAGGAUAUGGAGGGGGCGGUGGUUUUGGAGGAGAAGCGGGAGGUGGCAAAGGCGGAGGAUUUGGAGGUAACGGAGGAUCUGGCUUUGGUGGAGCCGGAUCGAGUGGCGGUUAUGGCGGCGCAACUAGUGGUGGACUCAGCAGCGGUGGUGGCCAUGGUGGUUCUGAUGGCUUUGGGAGUGGCGGAGGACUAGGAGUAGGCAGUGGCCUCGGCGGAGGACAUGGCGGUGGCGGUGGUCUCGGCGGAGGGUAUGGCGGAAGCGGUGGCCUUGGAAGCAGUAGUGGACUAGGUGGAGGUUAUGGCGGCGCUGGUGGUUACGGAGGUAGCAGUGGAUUUGGUGGAAGUCACGGCGGAGCCGGAGGUCACGGAGGUGGACUUGGCGGUGGACUUGGAGGUGGCUCUGGGGGUGGUCUUGGUGGAGGAUCAGGUGGAUUUGGAGGCAGUAGCGGAUCUGGAGGAUACGGUGGUAGCCACGGUGGUUCUGGAGGUUACGGAGGAGGGGCGGGGGGUGGUCUUGGUGGUGGAUCUGGUGGAAUUGGAGGUGGAUCCGGAGGACAUGGUGGUUCGGACGGAGGCUGUAGUUCUGGUUGUGGAGGAUCCGGUGGCCACGGAAGUCAUGGAGGGUACGGUGCUUCUGGAGCCUAUGCUGCAGCCAGCGCUAAAGCCUCAGCAUCAGCCGGUUCUGGUAGUUACGGGUAACAAAAACAGACUAUGAUAUACAUUGUAUUUCGUUCUUUCAACGAUUAGCAUUUCCAAAUAUUGUUGUAGGUUAUAAAAUUUUAUUAAUUUCGGCCAUCCUAUUUAAUUGUAUGUAGAUUAUAGUAUAAAUUAAAUCUCAAA